GCGCGUGCGCGUGGCAUCUUCUUCGCAUCCGGGCCGGAGUUCUCCUGCUCCUUCCCCCGCCCGGCGCAGCCAUAGCACUUCGGUGCGUUGCGCCACCGGAGUCAAACCAGUUUAGUGUGUGCGGCUGGGCGCUGGACCCCACCCGGUGGGCGACGAGACGUGCGUGCUUGGCGCCUUUCCGGCCGGGGCCCUAGUCGCUGCACCGCCAGGAUCUAGGGAGGUACUGUGUCUGGCCUCUAGGUGCAUCGCUGCUCUGGGCUUCGCAACCCGCAGCCGAUCGCCUUCCUCCGCCCUGCCUCUCCCCAGGGUCGCAGGCCGUCGGCCGUAGCCCACCCUCCAGCUCAGAGGAGCGGGGCUGCGGUGCGGCGUCCAGCGCGUUCCCGCAGCCGGCCCUCCGGCCUGCCUUCCCCGAAGGCAGCCCGCGCUUUGGAGGGAGGGAGCAGUCUGUGCCGACCCCGGCGCGGUCAGGCGGGGAGAUGAGCUUCUUCGGCUUUGGGCAGAGCGUAGAGGUGGAAAUCUUGCUGAAUGAUGCGGAGAGUAGGAAGCGAGCGGAGCAUAAGACUGAAGACGGGAAGAAGGAGAAAUAUUUCCUCUUCUACGACGGGGAAACCGUCUCGGGGAAGGUGAGCCUAUCUCUGAAGAACCCCAACAAGCGACUAGAGCACCAGGGCAUCAAGAUCGAAUUCAUUGGGCAGAUCGAACUCUACUAUGACCGCGGGAACCACCAUGAGUUUGUGUCUUUGGUGAAGGACCUGGCUCGGCCAGGAGAGAUCACCCAAUCGCAGACCUUCGACUUUGAGUUCACCCACGUGGAAAAGCCGUAUGAGUCCUACACAGGACAGAAUGUGAAGCUACGCUAUUUCCUUCGAGCCACCAUCAGCCGCCGCCUCAAUGAUGUUGUCAAGGAGAUGGACAUUGUAGUUCACACACUUAGCACAUACCCCGAGCUGAACUCGUCCAUCAAGAUGGAAGUUGGGAUCGAGGACUGCCUGCACAUUGAAUUUGAGUAUAACAAAUCCAAAUACCACUUGAAAGAUGUCAUUGUAGGGAAGAUAUACUUCCUGCUGGUGAGAAUCAAGAUCAAGCACAUGGAGAUAGACAUCAUCAAACGGGAGACAACAGGCACGGGUCCCAACGUGUACCAUGAGAACGACACAAUAGCGAAGUAUGAGAUUAUGGACGGGGCGCCGGUCCGAGGUGAGUCCAUCCCCAUCAGGCUCUUCCUGGCAGGGUAUGAGCUCACCCCCACCAUGCGGGACAUAAAUAAGAAGUUCUCUGUGCGAUAUUACCUCAACUUGGUGCUGAUAGAUGAGGAGGAACGGCGCUACUUCAAGCAGCAGGAAGUGGUGUUGUGGCGGAAGGGUGACAUCGUACGGAAGAGCAUGUCCCACCAGGCAGCCAUUGCCUCACAGCGCUUCGAGGGCACAACCUCCCUGGGUGAGGUGCGGAUCCCUGGCCAACUGUCUGACAACAACAGCAGGCAGUAGGCCCGUGGGGCCAAGAAGUUGCUGGGCUUCCACCACAGAACCCCCAUCUACCAAAUACCAGCCACUGGGGGAGGGGGAGGAUGGUGUGAGGUUCAACUGGCCGUUACUUGCAACCUUGGAAACAAAUCAUGUUUUUUACUUAAAUUCUUUUCUCUGAAGAACCUAAGGGGCACUUAGGUUGGGUUGGGCAGUAGUCUCCCUGGGAUUCUGCAGCCUAUGUAGGGAUAAGGAGAGGAAACAUUCUGGAAGCUAGUCUCUUCCUUGGGAAUGAGCUAUGUGUCAAGACUGUCUCAAGCCUUAAAGCAGAGUUGAGAGCACACAUCCUUGGCUCCAGGUUCUCUGGGCUUCCUGAUACAGAUGCUGAGUGUGUCUUUGGCAUUUACCUGCCAGCAGGGCUCUGGGUAGUCAUGUCUUAUACUCCCUUCGACUGUUUGGAGGUAGUGACAAAAGUGGUUGGGCCUGUCUCAUCUAAGUUGGAGGAAGACUCAAGAUCAGGAAGCUACCUCUCUGGGUGUCCGGGACGUGGUGCUCAGAAGUUUCUACAGUCACCUCUGGCCUCUCACGACUGGGACCAGACCCUUCUCUUCUCCAUCUUCUCUAGUAUGUCAGGAACUAUACAGGAGCAGAAGCUUAAGGAAGGGUUGUGUCUGACUGUCCUCUCACUUGUGAGAAACAGGGCCAUAAGAAGCCCUGAUGCGGUGUCACAUGUGGAUGGCAAGGGGCUGAGCCAGGUCUCCUGUCAGGGAAACAUCAGGCACGGCAACUGUUUGCCUUCACCACAUGACUCCACUUGGCAACCCAACGUCUGGGUUGUUCUAGGGAAUUAUUUUAAGUUAUCCAACAAACCCUAAGCAGAGAGCCUAUUUCCUUUAACCAGGAUCCCUAGAAGAGGCUGGGAUCCAUUUGCCUCCUAAAGGAACACGAAGCAAAGGCUUCUGCCCUUUGAGAUGUUACUCCUUGUCCUCUGCUUGAUUUCUGUAACUGGGCUUGGUUUGGGGCAUGUACAAGUUUUGUUCUUACUCCCACCCAAACGCUUUCAUCCCACUAUCCACAGUUAGUUAAAGGAGGAAGGGCCUCUGCGCAGGGCUCUGCUAUCAUGACUUCAGAAUAAUUCUGCUUGCCAAAUGACAUCUGUCUUCACCAGUUCACUGACUCAAGUUAGGCCCACUGUUUUGUUUUGUUUUGAAUUUAAAAACAAAAUAGAAAAACUCUGGUGGAUGUUGUUGUAUUAGAGAAGAGGCAGUUUUUUCUCCUGCUCUGUGCUUGGCCUGCAGGUAGAAAAGGGGUUGACUGUCUUCUCUACCUUGUCUGGAAAUGACUAGAACUACCAUCUCCUGUUGGCUGCCCUCCUGUCUGAGAAAGAGGACCUUAUAUUCAAUAAGUACAGUAUUUGCUGGUCUAUGUUCUUUGUAAUUUGGAAAGUAAAGGAUUUGUUCCUGUGUCAUCUUUCAGUUCGUGUAGAAAAUGGGGAAUCUUGCAAUCUCUGGCUUUGACAGGGUGGGGCUGAUGGAUAAGAGUUCAGAUGAAAGACUCUUGGAAUGACGGGGGUAGUGGCGCUAAGGAAAAUAAAGCUUUCUCCAUGCCCGACCCCAGGUUUAGGUGUGACAUACAAUCCCCAUGGGCACAGGUUCGCCCAUUCAGCUGUCCUUGGCUGUUAGGGUUGGGCCCUAGCAAAUGAGGGAGGUGGGUUCUUGUGCUCUUACUUUUUUCAGGGUAUGACACUAGACUCUGCUGUGCCUCCUUUUAAUAUCUUAUUUAAAAGCAUUUGUCAAUUUCUCUGCCUCCCCGAUGACAACACAAAAUCAUUUUCCAACUUUGCUAAUAUCAUAAGCCUUUCUUCUGAGAGAACUAGAAGGUAGAAUAUGCUGUUUCUCUCAGGAGCCGUGCACAAGCCAAGUCUUGCUUUCUCUGCCCAGGUUCUCUUUUCUCUGCAACUGUGAAAGUAUGGGGAGGCUCCCAUCCCCAUCCUUUAAGGUUCCCAAACCUGGAGUGCAUAGGUACUAAACCAAGCAGUGCAACUUGUAAUUAAGAAGCUGCAGUGUUUACAUGUUUCUUAAUGUGUUGUCUUUUCAAUGGCUGUGUUUUAAAAGAACAUUUGUUUUAAUGACGUCUCUAAUUAAAGAAAGCCCUGUGGCUUUGGAGGCAUUGUGCCCAUGGUCCACCAGAUUCUGUGGUCUUCUUAACACUGUCUCAUCUCUGACACAGUAUGCAGCAUGACUCCAACACUGCCUUCUUUUUCAGUGGAUGGUAAACAGUAACGAACACUGUAUUAACCACUCGUUUUAGACAAAUAUGGCCUAGUUCAGGUUUGUCUGGCAAUUGCCUGAAAUCCCCUCAUGUUUUCCACUUUGGUGGGACAAAGACAACCAAAAGAAACAUAGAAAAAUCAAGACGUAGGUUCAUUGAACAUUGAGAGAACAAGGGACUCAGUCCUACAUUUUGCUGUUUACUACAUAACUACAGAGAUAGGGGCAGGUGAGAGUAGAGGUGCCUGCAUCUUCUAGUUGACUAUAGGAACCAGGCUUGGCUAUAAGACACCUACAGUGGAGGAUCCCUCCACACCCAGCACAGGUUUAGAAGAAAACACUUCCAACUUUGUCAUUAAAUCUUUUAUUGGAAAAAUUAACAAACUACCCGUGCACCUGUGUUUAUGAUCCCAGGUAUAAACAGCAAGCUUUCUCCUUCUGUCUUAGAAAAUCUUGGCUUGUUCACUCCAUCAGUGGAGCCUUCUGAUUAACUCGGUUCUGUUUCCUCCAGGCUCAAAAUAAAAUCAAACUCUUCUACAAAAAAAAAGUGGGGGGGAUGUGUGGUUAGGGGUGAGACUGAGGUGUUUAGCAUCUGCACAGGGAAGCUGAAGGGCAGUUCCUGCAGCUGGCAGCUGUCCAUUCAAACACUGGACUAUCUGGUACUGGGUAUAUAACAAUGAACAAUGCAGCACAUAGCCUUCCCCGUGGGUAGCUCAAGUGAGGACACAACUCUCCAUGAGUCUUACCUUGAGUCAGACGCUGAACUGAAAGUCUCUGUCGGGUGAAGAGAGUCAUGCUUUGUAAGGGGCCCCCAGUAACUUUGUGGGUUUGGUGAUAGGUUUUAAGCUCUUCCAGGGAGAUGAAGCGCUUCAUCAUUCGAACAAACUGCACAUCCACCUACUCGACAGCAUUUAAAGGGAACAGAAACAUGUUCAGCCAGACUCUGUGCAAUCUUAAAGGAUGGGCCCACUAUUUUGCCUAGCCUGUCCUUGCAUUCCUGUCCCCGAAUCAAUUUUCAAGCCUCGGCCCACUGAGUGGCUAAGACUACAGUCUUGCUUCUCUCCACCCAGAGUUUUUGCUAUUUGCAGGAAGUGUAUGGUAUUAGGGCUGCCAGUAUUCUGUUCUGAUAUCCCAAUUCAGCAAAACUUCAUCUCGCUGAGAACUGGGCCAUGCUCCUUGACCUAACAGUGCCCCACACUCUUUUCCUCCUUUUGUCCACUCUGCCCUAUGAAACAACAACAGUUAUUACCAUCGACCAUUUAGGGUUAUCCUCUUUGCUGGAUGGGUCGUAAUGGGGAUUACUUUUCUCAAACUGUGUAUGGUCUGGGUAAGCCUCCUUUACAAUCUGAAAAUAAAAAAAUCCAAAAUC